GCGGGUCCAUGGCCGUCGCGGGGGCGGCGGAGGCUCGAGCGGAAAUUUGAAUUAAAUCUAAAUGAGCGUCGCCGGCGGCCCCGAGAAAUGGAGAAAAUGGUCCUCGGCUUUCUCCUCUUCAUCGCCCCGGCUUUCCCCGUUGGACCGUCGCGCAUGGAGUUUCACGCUGAGGCUAAAGAAUUAUGUUUUGGAGUGAACAACGAGCCUUACUGGUGUGAGACAGGAUACUGCUGUGGGGAAACCGAGUGUUGCACCUACUAUUACGAACUGUGGUGGUUCUGGCUGGUCUGGACUAUCAUUAUUAUGCUUAGCUGUUGCUGUGCUUAUCGGCACCGUCGUGUGAAACUGCGGUUACAACAGGAGCAGCGUCAGAGGGAGAUCAGCUUGAUGGCCUACCAGGGCGCUAGCACCUACACGACUCAGCCAUUGGAUUUAAGAUUCUGGACAAACUGUAAGCUACCAGACUACGAGGAAGUGGCAGGGCACCCACCGACACCCCCACCUCCCUAUACUGAACUACAGCAGCAGAAUGCGCAGACUUCUAGCCAUGAAACCGCAGUUGUCGAGAGCCAGCCUGCCUUGCAGGAGUCUGUGACCUCACUUGUGCCAGAGGCAGCAACACAAGAAGUAGAGUCCAGCCCAUCCGUUUGCGAACAGGAGGAUGACCAUCAGGUGUCAGACACCACUACAGGGGCACUGCCCAGUUAUCCAGCUGACAGAGAAAACGGUGAUGUCUUUGGAGAUGAGGAAUCUGCUGCACCCUCAGCUUCUGAUUUUAAAACGUUGGACAUGAAUUCUGACUUAUGCGACCAAGGGGAAGGGAAGGAAGAAAGCUCAAGGCACAGGCGAAUCACCGGAGACUCUGGCAUAGAGGUGUGUGUGUGCCAGAUGGAUGAGGACCCUUAUCAUGAGGAAGUGGGCCUGAUGGGUGGCAUUGGUGCCCAGGAAUGUUGCGAGCCCCAGUCGUCUUGUAACUCUCACCUUCGCACAGAGCAGCUCUCCAAGCAGGCUCAAAAUAUGCAGCCUAAGCUGCAUACUGCUAAAGAACAAGAGGAGGACAAUGACGUUGUGUAACAAGUGCCACUGUUACUAGUGCGCAAGAGUAAAACAGAUGGUGCAAUCUAUGACCGCUGACUGUUCAGCAUUAACUCUGGGCUUAUCUAAUGUUUUCCAUCAGGUGCAAGAUGCAGGUUGUAGUCUAUAGAUGCAGGGUUUGGGAUUGGUCCAGGGUUGCACAAUCACGGUUGCCUGCUCAUAAGCCAGAUUUCCUGCUAGCAUUUUUUUUUAAUUGACUGUAGCACUAUACAUUAUAUUGAUGAUUUUUCAAAUAUUUGUCUUCAGGACCUCUUAUCGAAAACAUUAAGAAUUGUUUUGUCAUUUUUGAAACAAAAUUCAGUUCUUAUGUUUUGUGUUUUUUUUAAAAAGGGAGAGUGAGGUGAGAAGCUUUUCCCCAACCACCUCCCAAGAUCAUCCCAUUUUGAGGAGGAGGGGAUGGGGCCUGUGAAUGAGGGUUCUGCCAGUGCUGUUGUGUAGCUUUGAUUGGAGGCAUAGAAGAGUUGUUCAGGUUGUUUGUUAAUGACAUGGCUCCUUUUCUCCUUGCAGUGGGCAUAUACCUCCUACAUGGAGUUCCUCACCAAAAGGCCUGCCUAGGAUUAAUAGAUCAGUGCGUGGUGACUCUAUGCCCUGUGGUGUAGCAUUAUUGCCUCAUUACUGCCAUAUACCCCCAGGGUGUCUCUUUUUUUUCACUUUGAUAAUUUAUUAUGAGUGGACCUGUUUGAUUACAGUAUUGCCCAUCUGAUUCCUGGUUGAGAUGGGGGUUUCGUUUCAACAGCUGUUGUUGUCUCGACUGCACUCAUGCAUCAAGUAUUUCUGCAUACAAGUUUAUUUUUUUUGUAAGUUUAAUUUUAGAUUUGAUCCUACUAACUAUAUUUCUGUGGUACUGUUGGUAAAAGUUUAACUGAAGAACAUUUUACCAAUGAAUGUUAAUGUUCAAGUGAAUUACAAAGCUUUCAUAUUAAGCAUAGCACCAUCCACAGCUUAAAAAAAGCCAAACCUAAGGCCUUCACUUAUAGGAUGCUAAUACUGUUUUAUAACAGUAGCACAAUAGAUGCCACACAUCUCAGUGUUGUGGUUUUUCUGCACAGCUGAAAUAAUCUCAGCGUUGUCCUCAGGAUUUCAGCAAUGUUGGAUGUGUGAUCUUUUCAUCAUAAAUGGUACAGACUUCCGCUCUUCUGUACUUUGGCUAUGUCUGGAGAGAGCAUUUUGAACUAUAUAACAGGCGGAAAUACUGGUAGGUACAUGAGUAUCACAAGGUGGGAGCAAUUGGAAAUGUAAUAAAUAUAUUGCUACAAUGUUAAAGUGUAUUGGGUCAAAUGUGUUACUUUUCUCCUCAUGGCCUAUUGGUGCCAACACUCAAUCUACAUUUAUGCCAUUGUUUUAAAGUGAAUUGUGACAACUAGCACACAAGUGUUAAGUACAGAGCUGUACAAAAAUAUACAACCGUAUGUACCUCUGAUUAAUCUGAUGUCAGUGUAGAAAAGACAACAUUAAAUCUAGCUAGGCAGAACCUUUGACCGAGAAAAGCCAGGUACUACAUGUGAGUUAGAAGGAAAAACAGUCUCGUAACAGCGAUGUUGUGGGGGUGGGGGAAUUGUGAAUGGAACUGAGUGACUGAGUGAUAACUAUAGCUCAGAAAUUGUCCCCAUGAGCUCUGCCAAGCCUAUAUUCCUAACCCUCCCCUAAAAACAUGGAGAAAAGUAUCAUGAGCAACACUGAAAAUGCUGCUAAAAAUCACUACAAAAAUGAAAAAGGAAGCCAGAUUGAGAAUUAAGCAAAACACAGUUUUGAAGCAAGAAACAUAAACUUUGAGUUCAGAAUGUUUGUGAAUUGUAAUAAGACUGGAGACAAAUAGUUCUACGGUUCAUAAACAUUGGACUAGAAUGAAGGACAAAUGUCUUACAAGGAGUUGGAAUGAGAGAAAAACAGAAGCAACCUUCACUGCAAGGUACGGGCAUUUAUUAUGAAGUAACAAAACAGACAUUGAUUAAGGCAGAAUAAGUGAGGAUGUGUUACAUCACACAUCCUUUCAGUGUAAAUUCUGAACUUAGUGAAAGACAGGAUGAUUUAGUUGGAUUCAAGAUCAGUGGAAAACUGAGAAUCUAAGGCCAGUAUCACAGAUACGGAAUGCUGGCUGACUUGUCCUCUUAGAGUCAAUUUUCAAUGUUAACAAGUAAUUAAAAACUCGUGCUCUAUUCCACAUAACCAAAUGUUACAAGUCACAAUAGCAUGGAAAGAGCGAGCAACUUCUAAAAAAUGACCUUUAAGUGAACAGAGAGUAUUGUGUACUUGGGUCAUCCACAUGAUGAAGUUAGACAAAAGAUAGCAACUGCAAGAAAAGGUUUUUAAACAACGUAUGAAGGAGCUCAUAGUAAAACUAAGCUGGUGGUGAGCAAGAUGUUUAAAUUUCUGAUUUGAAAACUCAACCUUGAACAAUAAAGGCAGGUCCUAAAGAUUGGAGGCCUUCAAGAUUUAUGUGAUAGAUGUAGCUGGAAAAUGAGUGAAAUAAGGAGGCUCCUUGAAUUAUCACAAAGGAAAACUGAAAAGUCAGAUUAGGAUGAGGGACAUAGCACAGGAAUCAGAAGGAAAGUUGUUUGUCAACAGAAAGCUUGGUAACAUACGCAGUGACAGGUAAGGAAUAAUGUGGCUGGAUGAUGGGAUGGAAACUCCAGGCGCCCACACAAUCCAUCUGAGCAGAAAUGUAAAUAUAUGGAGUAUUUGGGAUAUAAACCUGGAGAGCGGAGAGAAAGGGAACAGUUGAACAAAGCUCCUCAGACUGUGUCUUUUUAUGUAAGUAAUCAGGUGUCCUUUUUUAAAUAUAUUAGCUUGAGGGAGAAUGUCAUUUUUGCAGUAGUGGAAUGCCGUUAUAUUUUGAUGCCUUUUUAAAAAAUACAUUUUAAUUUUGUAAUACUUUGAUAGACAUUGUUAGAAAAUGCAUGUUCUAAGGUGUGAUGAAAUUUCAUUGUACUAUUCUCUAAAAAUUACAAUGCUGAAGUCUUUUAUAUAUAAAUAAAAAAAACAUGGAUUCUUUGC